AUGGUAGCUCGAAAAAUCUGCCUCGCAGCAGCCCUUUCGGCUCUGGGGGUCUUUGCUGCCCCGAGCUCAAUUUCAAAGGCAGCUACGGAUACUGGCCUCCUCGUCCAAACGUCAAGCGGUUUGAUUGAGGGUUUCUUCAAUUCCUCAGCCCCUGAUGUGCGUCAAUUCCUCGGUGUUCCGUUCGCAGAACCCCCUGUGGGGGAUCUUCGCUUCGCCCGUCCACAAGAGGUCAAGACUAAGAGGAAAGUGAGGGCACACAAACUUCCGAGCUCUUGCAUGCAGCAAUUUAGCCUGAACAGCUCCACAAUCUACACCACGUACGAGACUGAGUUUCUCGUGAAUGGCGGUAAUUCCGAAGAUUGUCUGUACCUUUCCGUCUGGGCGCCUCGCAUUAAGGAUAUAGAGGCCGAGCAACGCCCAUUGCCAGUUCUACUUUAUAUUCCCGGCGGUGGCUUCACCAGUGGAGGCCAGGACUCUUCGUACAAGAUUCCAGAUCAGUGGGUGCAGCGGACACAAUCACAUAUUGUGAUAGUUAUGAACUAUCGCCUCAAUAUAUUCGGCUUCCCUAAUGCUAAAGGACUGGAUGACCAGAAUGUCGGGUUUUUAGAUCAAAGACUAGCUGUCGAAUGGGUUCACGAAAACGUCGGAAACUUUGGCGGUGACCCAGAGAGAAUCACUCUUUGGGGCCAGUCCGCCGGAGCGGCUAGCGUCAGCAUCUACCCAUACGGAUACCCCGAAGACCCCAUCGUUGCUGGCCUUAUCGCAGACUCUGGUGGCCCAACCAUCAUCACGAACACUGACAUAACGCAUACCAACUUCACCUUCAUCGCUGGGCUGGUAGGCUGCGGUAACCUCAGUGCCGACAAGGAGCUUAGAUGUGUGCGAAAGGUUCCCGCUCAAACUCUAGAGAAUGCCUUGUCGUUCUAUAAUGGAAAUGGCACUAAGCCAUCCGUCUCAUUUACACCCAUCCUAGACAAUAAGACUGUCUUCGCGAAUUACACACAACGUAUUGUGGACGGAAAAAUUGCAAAGACGCCCAUGAUUAUUGGUAGCAAUGCAAACGAAGGAGCAGGUUUUAUCUCGUUCACUCCUAAUGGACCGGGAGCCGCCGCGCUGGCAUCCGCAACCAAGAUCAUCUCCUGUCCUGUCGGCAAAGAAGUAAAAAACCGCAACCUGGGAGACUUGCCAACUUAUCGCUACCAGUACGCUGGAAACUUCUCAAAUAUUUCCCCUCUGCCUUGGUUUGGAGCCUACCACAGCUCAGAGCUGCCACUGCUGUUCGGUACACACGAUGAGUACCGUAGUCGCUCUACCAAAUUCGAGUGGGAGCUUAGCUAUGCUAUGGAGGCACUGUGGUUGUCGUUUGCUGAGGAUCCCACCAGGGGACCUGCUCGUGUUGCGGUUGGCGAUGCUCUGGCUAAUCCUAACAAGAAGAGUUACUUUUCCUGGCCAGAGUUCAAGCAGGGUGGUAAGGAUAUGUUGCUUUUUGCGAAGGACAAUGACCUUAUGCGACUUGUUUCUUCAGACAGUAUCGAUGAUGGCUGUUGA